AUGUCCCAAACCUUUAAUAUCCUUGUCCUCCCCGGCGAUGGUAUUGGACCAGAGGUCAUGACUGAGGCCGUCAAGGUCCUGAAGGCCUUCGAAACUCCGCAGCGCAAGUUUCAGCUUCGACAAGAACUCAUCGGGGGUUGCAGCAUCGAUGCCACGGGCAAGUCGAUUACCGAAGAGGUCAAGCAGGCGGCGCUGGAUUCAGACGCAGUCCUGUUCGCUGCCGUCGGUGGUCCGAAAUGGGAUGGGAUUCGACGUGGACUUGAUGGCCCGGAGGGUGGGCUGCUCCAGCUUCGGAAAGCAAUGGACAUCUAUGCCAAUCUGCGGCCGUGCUCGUCGACUUCACCGAGCUCAUCUAUCGCAAAGGAGUUCAGUCCUUUCCGAGAGGAGAUCAUCGAGGGCGUGGACUUCGUCGUCGUGCGAGAGAACUGCGGCGGUGCUUAUUUUGGACGCAAGGUGGAGGAUCCCGCAUAUGCUAUGGAUGAAUGGGGAUACUCCGAAGAGGAGAUCCAGCGAGUCGCCCGUCUGUCGGCAGAGGUGGCUCUGCGUCAUGACCCGCCCUGGCCUGUCAUCUCUCUGGACAAAGCCAAUGUUCUUGCCUCUUCUCGUCUCUGGCGCCGUGUCGUGGAAAAGACCAUCACGACGGAGUAUCCACAGGUGAAGCUGGUUCACCAGCUGGCCGACUCAGCCUCCUUGAUCAUGGCAACCAACCCACGGUCGCUGAAUGGAGUCAUCCUGGCAGAUAAUACAUUUGGUGACAUGCUGUCCGACCAGGCGGGCUCAAUCGUCGGAACCUUGGGGGUGCUUCCCAGCGCCAGCCUGAAUGGUCUCCCGGGAGACAAGGCGUUGAAGACGCGACCAUAUGGUCUGUAUGAGCCUACGCAUGGUUCGGCGCCGACAAUUGCUGGCCAGAACAUUGCUAACCCCGUUGCGAUGAUUCUUUGCGUUGCUUUGAUGUUCCGCUACUCAUUGAACAUGGAAGACGAGUCGAAGCAGGUAGAGGAUGCCGUACGAAAAGUCCUGGACUCAGGCGUCCGAACUCCCGACCUGAGAGGAAAUGUCGGAACCAAGGAGGUCGGCGACGCGAUCGUAGCUGCUCUGUAA